AACCAGUGUAACAUAAGAAGCUGUGUUGCCUGAUCGUUUCAGCGUUUCAACGAACUAUACAUUACAAAAAUAAAUAAAUAAAUGAAAGCAUAGCUCACUGCAAUCCAAGCCAAACGGGCCAGUCGAAGCUGUACAUCGUCACAGCACUUCGGCAAACGGCUUCAACACGGCCUAACCGUUACGUCCCGGAUUGCUUUGGAUCGGUGAUUUUGAACGUUUGAUUACUGUUUCUUUCUUAGUGUGCUGUGCAACCCUUGUCUUCACGACCCAGUCGCCAUAAAUCCCCCGAGCAUAAACAUAAAUAAGCAAUAGCGCCCGUCCCUGCAAGCACUCGCGAGCCAGAUGUUAUCUAUUCACGUUUCCCCGUGCCCGUAAAGAACAAGCGCACGGCCACCGUUUUCUACCGCCCCCCAGGACAGAACAGUUGGCGCGGGGGAAGUGUGGGAGGAGUGUCCCGCUUGUGUUAGUGGGCAGUUUGUUGGGCAGGAUGUUUCAUCGCAGGAACAAAUAGAACAGGAACCCAAAAUACACACACACACACACACACACACACACACACACACACACACACACACACACACACACACACAAAGACGAAAAGGAUAGAAAGCGCACGCGCACACUCCAACACCUCUCUCGCCCCGCUGUCUACCCACCGACCAAGAAUAGGGAAGGAAGGAUGUGACACGGACGGAUGACACGGGUAGUGUAUGUUUUGUGCCUUGUGGCCGUCGAAAAAGUCGAAGCGUCAUCGUUUACCACCAGUGCGAAGCGUGUACCGGAGCGUUUCACGGGUUUGGUUUUGUGCCGAAAUCGGUUGCGGUGUGGACGGUGCUGCAGUGUUUUUUUGCUGUUUGUUGCAAUUGUUGCAAACAACCCAGAGAAGAGGAGGUGGCAGACGAACACACCGUGCACAAUCCUCCCGACCCCACACGCACGCACGUGCAAUUAUGUGCGGACUGUCCUUCCGGGCGAGUGUUUAGCCAACAACGGAAACGCACCUCCCGCCCCCCCCGACAAAGGGAGGGGGGAAAGGGGCCGUAUGGCAGGAUCGGAGCCGCCCGAAAAGCAGUAGUGCCCUUGGAGUGCAUCCCGUAUUCGAAUGUGUGUGUGUGUGUGCGAUUCACAGGAAUAACGUCAUCCAGGAAGUGGUCCGCUAGCCAAGGAACGGGAGGAUAUCUCUUGCUCUCUUCAGAGUGUCCCCCUUCGAUGUAGGAACCACAGAUAUACGCACACGCACAAGCCACACACACACAUACCCACAAACAAGUAACAGUUUUCUUCCGUGUGUGGCAAGUGUUGACAGACGCAACGUAGAAAAAAAAAAAACAAACAACACGUCCUGUGUAGCAAAUCCGGACACCGAACGUCCCCGCUCGCGUGUAGCUGUAGUGCGCUAGUGUCUGUGUGUGUGUGUGCCCCUUUUCCCUGCCCCCUCCUCCCUACGCGUGUGUAUUAUGUCAGCGGUCGUGCACUUUGCCCACGACGGGAUACUGUUCCUGCUGCUGAUCUACGGCAUCAUCGCGCUUGCAAAACCAGUGGCUGGAUCGUCGCUGGCGCUGUGUGAAGGCGGCCAAACAUGUCUUCCACCGAAGGAGUGCUGCGCCCAGGGCUGCUGCUAUCUGUACGCGCCGCCGGGCGCCCCCCGCAUCCCGAUGGCGAGCGGGGACCACGUGCUCGGGCUGCUCUUCCUCAACCACUGGUACUUCUGGUGCUUCCUGUUUGCGGUCGUGCUCGCCCUGCUCUGCACCUGCUCGCUCUGGCGGCGGCGCCGCCAGCUGUGCGGCUGGGACGCGUCCGCCCGCCACUCGCAGUCGGAGGGCGAUUCGGCCGGCUCGUGCUACGCGCCGCCCCAGUACAGCCGCUGCAACUCGUUCCACAUACACGCGCCGCCGCCUUACACGGAGGUUGCCUCCAAGCCGGACCUGUACCCGCUCGUGUUUAGCUACACCGAUCCGGGCAAGGGGAGCAGCGGGGCGAACUACCUGAUGGUGCAGUACUUCCGGAACUACAUCGUGCAGCCGGUCGGCAGCAUCUCCGGCACCAGCACGGUCGACUCGCUCAGCUCGAGCUUCAUCUGCAACGCGAACGAGGCGAACACGCUGGUGCCGCCGCCGUACUCGCGCGCCGCCAGCCCGGACCAGCUGACCGUCGCCUACCGGAACUACCUGCUGCCCCGGUCCGCCUCGCAGCAGGUCUGCCUUACCGCGUACGAGCGCACGGCGGUGGUGGCGGGCGCCCGCAGCCAGCCCGGCCCCGGCUACCACCACCAUCACCAUCACCACAACCACCGGGACGACGAUUCCGGGCUGCUGCUACACGACCAACAGCAGCACCAGCAGCAGCAGCAGCAUCGGGAUGAGUCGCCCCAUCCGGGCACGAUCAGCCACAGCAGCAACAGUGUGUCCCUGCUGGAGUGCGGCCCGGAACCGGAGCCCAGCGAACGGGGCGGACCGAGCCACGACCCGCCAACCGGGGCCAACUGUGAUCGGCAGCGGGCCGGCGGGCUCGUCUGCAAGCACUGCUGCUCGCUCGGCGACAUUGCGAGCGAGCGGCGCCCGGACGGUGGGCCGGCCGCCGGUCCCGCUCUCCACAAGAGCCUCGACACCUGCUGCCACGUGCUGCUGGACGAGUCGCUGGCGCACGCGGGCGGCCCGAGCGGUGGGGCGAAGCAGGCGGGGCGGCGCCACUCGGGCGCCGUCUCGAGCGUCGGCUCGAACGUGUCCAGCCUGGUCAAUCUGGAGGGGCCGGCGAGCUCGCCGCCCCGCGCCACCAGCCCGACGGCCGAGGUGCGCGAACUGCUCGAACAGAUACGCCAGCUGCACGGCGAGGAGGCCGGUGGUGGUGGUGGUGGUGGUGGCGGCGAGGGUGCGACCGGGCGAUCAGCACAGCCGCCCGCUAGCUACCGGCGGCCGUCGUCGCUGGUCGGGCGGCGCAGCAAGCUGUUCGCGAAGGGCGGUCCGCCGCCGGGCGCCUCCCGCGCCAUGUACAUACCGGUUGCGUCCUGUGCGCCCCACACGGCCGGCGGCCAGCGGCCCCUGCGCAGCCCGGCCUCGAUGUCGAGCGCGGCGAGCAGCUUCCUCAGCCGCCAGCGCCACUGCUGGCUGUCCAAGUCGGCCCCGACCACGCCCGGCACCGGGCCGGGCAGCUUCGGCGGCGGCGGCGGUGGGGGUGGGGAUGGCGGAGACACGGCCCCCGACAACCGGCCGCUGCUGCUGACCGAGCAGGAGGAAGACGGCGAACAGAACGUUUAGUGGCGGCGGGAGGCAGGCAGUUAGGCAAGCAAGCAGGCAAAAAGCAAACAGAAAUCAACGAAACCCAUUUCGUGACCACACACACACACACACACACACACACACACACACACACACACACACACACACACACACACACACACACACACACACAGACACUAUCGAAGCAAUAUGGAGCGACCACAGAUACUUACCGAGGCGCAUGUGGUGUCCCGGACAACCACCCUCCCCCUCCCCACACCCGUGUGUGAUCCAAAGAACGGAACGAAAGCAGCGACAAUGGCCUUAGACGUGUUAACAUCUUGAGUGUCAUGGCCAGUUUUGGUUUCCCGGGGGGGGGGGGGGGGGCAAUGUCAUCAUAUGGGGUAGAGAGGGAGAUACUGAUAUUAAAUCCUUAUUUGUUCCAUGAGGUAAGGCAUAUGUCCUAUGCCUUAUCCAAUUCUUCUAAAAUUCCUGUACUAUACGUACGCUGCAGGUUUGUCGGCUUUGGUAACUGUAUCGGUUCCGAGUUCCGAGUAUGGAAGUUUCGUUCUGAAUCCGGAACAGGUACAGUUACAAUUCCGGAACAGGUACAGUUCCGAAUCCGGAACAGGUCCAGAUACAGUUCCAGAAAAGGAAUGAAAUCGGGAGCGUUUUCAGGGUUUUCAGGGUAUGAGUCCGGCAUUAGUUCGAGAACCGGCAUGGGUUCAUGAUCAGAUCCAGAACCGGUAUGGGUUCAUCAUCUGUUCCAGGUUCGAUAUGGGUUUAAGCACAGUUCCAGGACCAGUAUAGGCUUAUAAUAGGUUCCAGGACCGGUAUGGACUCAAAAUCGGCUCCAGGGCUGGUAUGGAUUCAUGAUAGGUUCCACUGCAGGAAUUGGUUCAUGCUCGGUAUCAGAACCUGUAUGAAUUCAUGCUCGGUUCCAAGGCCGGUAUGGAUUCAAGAGCGGUUCAAAGACCGGUAUAGAUUCAUGAUUAGUUCCAGGACCAGUAUGGGCUCAAGAACGGUUCCAGGAUCGUUAUAAAUUUAUAAUCAGUUUCAGCACCAAUAUGGAUUCAUGAUCGGUUCCAGGGCCGGUAUGGAUUCAUGCUCGGUACCAGAACCGGUAUAAACUCAAUAGCAACUCCUAGGCUAGUAUGGGUUUAUGAUCAGUUCCAAGACCGGUAUAGGUUCAUAAUAUGUUCCUGGUUCGAUAUGGGUUCAUCAUCGGCUCCAGGACCGGUAUAAGCUUAUGAUAGAUUCUAGGACCGGUAUGGGUACCGGUAUGAUCGGUAUGGUUCCUGGACCGUUACGGGUUCAUGGUUGGUUCCAAAGAUGGUAUGGGUUCGCACUCGGUACCAGAACCGGUAUGAACUCAGAAUCAACUCCUGGACUUGGUAUGCGUUCAGUAUUUCUUCAAGUACUUAUAUGAAUACAGUGUCUUUGGGGUUCCAGUUCAAUCAUUUCGGCGUCCAUUUGAAGGUAAAUGGAAUUCAAGUAAUGUCGUUGCGCAGCAUUCUAAUGAGAUCAAAUUUACUAGUUAUUGUGAAAUUUUGCAAAAAAAAAACUAAAUGUUUUCAUCAAUGAAACGUCUAGUUGAACAAGAAUCCUAAUCCACAAUGUUGUAUUACCGAUGAUUGAUAUCUUAACACAAAACGAAGAAACGUACGAAAAGAACGAAGAGAACGGAUCGAAAAUUAAAAAUUUAUCAUUCGCAUCUCAUGACUUCUUCUUCUUAUUUGGCUUAACAACCGUUGUCGGUCAAGGCCUGCCUGUACCACUAGUGGGCUUUGGCUUUCAGUGACUAAUUGAUUUCCCCCCAUAGCAGGAUAGUCAAUCCUACGUAUGGCGGCACGGUCUAUUUAGGGAUCGAACCCAUGACGGGCAUGAUAUUAAGUCGUACGAGUUGACGACUGUACUACGAGACCGCAUCUCACCUUGUUAAUAUUCAAUUACUGGUUGCCUCCGCGAUACCAAAUCAGUAAAAUUUGCUCAAAGAACAGUCAAAUGUAUUUCACCAAGGUCAUGUUUCUUUUCUUUUUUUAUCUUGUUGCAAAGCGUCACAAUAAUAUGCCUUACCUCAUAGAAGAAAUUAAGAUUUAAAAUCAGUCAUCUCUCCCGCUAUCACCUCUGCACAGGUGUUAAACAGCUCGAUGGGUGGGUUCUAGGGAGGCGGGGUAUUUGCUUUUGGGACGCGCAGUCUGCGUGGUGGCUUUGGUAUAGGUAUGUGUGUGUGUGUGUGUGUGUGUGUGUGUGUGUGACAAAGACAACAACAACAACAACAAAACAAUACAAAACCUACCACUUUGUUCCGGACCAAGCAAGUGUGUUUCGUGUCUGUGGCUGUUCGUAACCCUUACUUUACAUCCUAUCCUCUCCAUUUCCUUCACCCCUCGCUCCCUCGUGUUUCGCUUGCUACGUUUGUAUUCUUAUAAGUAUUUGUAAAGCAACAAAAUGAAAACAAAAAAAACAACAAAAAAACUAAUGCCAGAAACACACACACACACACCAGGACAAUGGCAAAAAAGGUAACUGACCAUUCCACUCGACUUGAUUGAGAAGUUUCAGAAUGUUGGUAGAAAUUUACUUCUAGUUACGCCGCUUCUUUUCCGCAUUUGAACACUGUUCACACACACACACA